CCAGGGCUGGCUUCCUAAGGAGGGAAGUGUGAGGCGGCUCCUGUGUGCAGAUCCUACCUGCCCCAUCUGCAAUGCUGUGGCUCUGGAGAUUCAGCAGUUGCUGGUGGGUGAGAACACCCUGAUCUCUCCACCUUCAUCGGGGCCAUCGCAGGGCUCCUCUUGCCUAGAGAUUUUUUCCAUGUCUAGUCUCUCUUUGGAGCAGAGUCAGGGUUCCCUGCACUCCAAAGAUCUUUCACUUCCAUCUGUAACCCCCACAAAGUUACAAUUAACGGAUCAGAAAUCCUUAACACAGUCAGCUGCCCAGUCAACCAAUCUCAGCAUCCAAGAUCAGCAGGCUGAACACCUUCCGCGAAGGAAGGGAUUUCAAGUGCCAGAUGUGUCCAGGGAUGUAGGAGUUCUUUCUUCUUCAAGUGAGGAGCCUAGGAUUCCUGUGAAUCAGCAGGACAAGAGGAAGAGCCACUCUGAAUGUGUGCUGGAGAAACAAGAAGCUGCAGAAGCUGGCUUAGGAAAUAAGGUGAAGCACUUUCCACACCGGAUUAACCCCGAGAUGAAAGGUCAAGGGCAUAAAGAAUCCAUUCUCCUCUCUAAGGAUGAGACAGUGCCCAAAACCAUGACAAAAAAGGUUGAGAAGACUCCACCCCCCACCAAACACCCUGUGACAGGAGCCAAGUUGGAGAAGAAAACGGAGGAGGAGGGCAUGACCUUCUUUGAUGCCCCCCAGUCUCUGGACAAUGAACUCAAGCAACAAUCCCUUCCGCCCAGACGCUCCUGGUUCCUGUGCCUUUCCCAUGACAGCUCCAAGCACUGUCCUCAGCUGAUUUGUGCCACUCAGCCAGAAAAUCCAUCCCACGUCUCAGCUCUCACCUCAGCAGAAGGCACUGGUCUACACAAAGAGAAUACCCAGUCCAGGAAAAAGGAGUUCAUCUACCACAGAAUCACACAUGCCAGACCUGGCAGAAAGACAGAGGCUGCCCUCACUGGAAGAUGGUUACCUCUAAAAGACAAGGACAACAUUGUGGAGUAUAAG